UUUUUUCUUUCUUUUUUGUCUAUGUACACGUUUGAGUACUGAACACGUUUUUGUGUAGUUUCACAAGAAAAUUGCAAAAAUGUCUUCUCAUCUCAAUUGGAUGAUUAUCCGCAAUAACAACGCUUUCCUUGUGAAGAAGCGCAACAUUAAAAAGCCAUUCAGCAAGGAGCCAAACAAUGUGACUAACCUCAACUCGUACAGAUACAAUGGCUUAAUACAUAAGAAGGCAAUAAGCGUGGUCGAGAAUCCGGACAGGAAAGGUUUUACUGUGGUGUACAAGAAGGCUAAGGCUACCAACAAGCCAUCCAAGAACACCAUUAGGCGCCCAUUCAAAGCCGGCGCCAGGAGAUCACUUUUUAAGGUAAAGAGGUUGAUGAAUGCCAACCACUACCGUACCGACUUGACAAAGGCCACACUUCGUCGUGCAUCAGCCAUCCUCAGGUCCCAAAGGCCCAUAAAGCAGAAGAAAGCGAAAGCAGCUGCUGCCAAGACAGAAUAACUAUGUAUUUAAGCUUACAAUAAAAAAAGGUUAAAAACUA